UGCUCGGGCUGCGCCGCGGGCCGGGCCGCGGCCGCGGGCGACGUCGAGUGCGGGGCCUGCGCCGCCGGGCGCUACUCCGAGGACGCGGCCGCCGCCUGCGGCGAGUGCGACGCGGGCUCCUUCUCGCUGACGAGCGCGACGGAGUGCGUCGCGUGCGCCGCGGGCUACAUCUCCGACGCGGGCGCCGAAAGCUGCGCCCAGUGCGACGCGGGCCGCUACGCGAACGGCGGCGCGUCGUGCGACGCCUGCCCGGCGGGGUCGUUCUCCCAGGGCGGCGCGACGGCGUGCGUCGACUGCCCCGACGGCUCCAUCUCGGCGGAGGGAUCCGGCGCGUGUUCUCAGUGCGACGUCGGGACCUACGCCGACGCGGCGACGCAGAGCUGCCUCGACUGCCCGGCGGGGACCUACUCGCUCACGGGCGCGGCGAGCUGCGUCGCCUGCGGCGCCGGCCUCGUGUCUUUCGCCGGGGCGCCCGUGUGCACGCAGUGCGGGUCGGGUCGCUACGUCUUCGACGCGGGCUCCUGCGCCGACUGCCCCGCGGGAUCAUCGUCCUCUACGUGCUGCCGACGAUCUGCGUGCUCUUCUUCGUCGCGAUCGUGUUUUCGUUGA